AUGCAAGUGUGGAAAGUAGCAAGCGCACUCGCGCUCUUGGCCGUGAGCAAGCAUGUUGCAGCGAAGGGUAAAUCGGAAAAAGACCGUCCAGGUAUCUGUAAGGACACCGAGGACUGUACAACUAAAGGAUACGAGUGCGUAGCGUUGCAGACAACGCGUGCUGGUACCGAUACGGUCAAGCAAUGCUUGCCCAAGGAACAAGACUCGGAUGUAUGCUCGGGACAAUUUCCAGGUCUGUGUCCCACUUUUUCGUCAUGGGCGAGUCCGUAUAACCAGAUCAGCAGUGUCUGUACAUACAAGCCCGCUGAGAAGUGUGUGACUGGAACCAGUAGCAAGUCAGGCUCUGAAGACGGGGUUAUUUGUGUGGGUGGCGCCAAGGACCAGGAUGGCAAGUCGAUCGACGCUAUUUACGGCUGUGUCGACUUUGAUACGGGUGCGCUCGAGAUACUUUUCGGUGAGGACGAUGCCACUGAGCUUGCAGACGAACUAGCCACGGCCUCGGCUUUGAUUGAGAGCUGUCUCAGCACAAACGCGACGAGCAAUUCGACACUGCUCUGUUCUGGUCAGGGAACAUGUGUUCCAGAUUCAACAGGGUCGCUUAAUUACACAUGCCGUUGCAACAUCGGCUACAGUGGUGACGUUUGCAGCUUUAUUGACUCGAACAAGUGUCAGAUGCCGGGACAAUGCGCCACUGGCGUGUGCAACCUUGAGACACAAGAAUGCGAGUGCGAAGCCGGCACUACUGGUGACCAGUGCUCAGAGUGUGAUGCGUCGUCGGAUAAAGCUUGUAACAGUAAGGGUACGUGUUCUAACUCGACUUGCAAGUGUGAAGAGGGUUGGGAGGGCUUGCAAUGUACGAAGGAGAGCUCCGUCAAAAAGAAAUCGAAAUCGUCAUCCGAUCAAUCUAGAACGGAUCCUGGCACUUCAAGCGGAGCGACGUCAUCGACUCGUCCAUACAGCCUCGUCAGUAUGAUCGUUGCGUCGAUCUUCAUCGCUGCUUUUUUCAACUAG